CUGAUGGAGUUGGUUUUAUAGUUUAUCUGCAAUAGUUUUUACGUGAUUGUAAUUUUAAGUGAUAUUGUCCCAUUGUACGUCACACACAAGAUGUCAUGAAUGAAGAAAGGGCCAGUGUUGAGCAGCAUAAUUUAUGUGUGCAAUGGAGGCUCGUUUUACCCGUGGGAAAUCCGCAAUCUUGGAGCGCUCUCUAGUCCGUCCCAAAACAGAGGUUAGCCUUAGUGUGUUUGCUUUGCUCUUUUCAGAGAUUGUACAGUACUGCCAAAACAGAGUCUAUUCUGUAUCUGAACUGCAGAACAAACUGUCUGAGCUUGGCCAGCAGGUGGGAGUCCGAAUCUUGGAUUCACUGGUUUUGAGAGAGAAAAAUGGCAAACGUGAGACUAAAGUCAUUAACAUUUUACUCUUCAUUAAAGUUAAUGUGUGGAAGGCACUGUUCGGGAAGGAAGCUGACAAGCUGGAGCAAGCCAAUGACGAUGACAAAACAUAUUAUAUUAUUGAGAAGGAGCCCCUCAUCAACACAUACAUCUCCGUACCGAAAGAGAAUAGCACCCUGAACUGUGCCUCCUUCACUGCUGGUAUUGUGGAAGCCAUACUUACAUACAGCGGCUUUCCGGCCAAAGUAACGGCCCACUGGCACAAAGGCACAACACUUAUGAUCAAAUUUGAUGAAUCUGUUAUUGCACGAGAUAAAACACUUGAUGGUCGCUAGAUGCAUAAAAAUCUUAGCCAAAUGGAAACUCAGACUCUUGGAACUAGAAGUUAAUUAUAUUUGUAAAAUAGGAUAAAUGUGUGUUUGAUGGAAGGGAUCAUAUGCUUUGAUGUACAUAUGUGGAAGCAGGCUACCUGCGAGCAUUUUUCCUGGCUUUUAAAUGAGGAAAAAAAUGUGUGUAUUUUCCUUUGAUGCAUUCCUAAAAUAAAUAUUUACUCAUGGAACAAUUAAA